CUGCUAUAAAAUAGAGAGCCGCACCUACUAGUAAUUAGCCAUCAUGGGAGGUACACAGUCAGGUCCCCGGGUUCUUACUAUUGAAACUGGACAAGGAGCAACUGAUGUUACGAUUUCAGAAGAUUUUGUUAACUAUGUCACAGAUCAAGAAACCUCUAAUGGCAGCAAUGACCUUGGUAAAGAUGAAACUAUGAUUGAUCCGGCACCUAGAGCACAAGAUGUGUUACGAGGCACUUCAUCAGAUGGUGACUCUAAAUUGCAAGCUUUAUAUGAACAAGAGAGAAUGAAAAACAAAGAAUAUAAAAAAUUGACUGAUGAAGAGUUUGAAUCAGCCGCUUCAAGAGUAAAGAUUCAAUUUAGUGAGUCACAAGUGGGACAGUUAAUCCCUGUAUGUGAAGAACAGAAGGAAGCUGUCCUGUUUUGUUAUAGCCAUAAUGCUAAAAGUACACUUAAGUGCUUGAGUGAAGUUAAAGAAUAUGCACAGUGUGUAAAAAAGGCACGCAAGGGCUUACUGGUACAAACUCUACCACAUUAAUAAUUGUAAUAGAAUCAUAGAAUAGAUCUACAUGUAUAAAUCUUUGUUCAUAAAAUUUCAUUUGACUUCA